AUGAUGGAGACGCAGGUUGUUAAACGUGCGAAAUACAAAUCUUCUGUCAAAGACCCUGGUGUUCGUGGGACAUUGAAAAUGACAAGGGAGAGGUUUGUUUUUAUGCCUAAUGAUCCAUCAUCCUCCAUCAGGCUUAAUGUAGAAUUCAGACUUAUAAAAGGACACAAAUCCAGCAAGGAGGGUUCCAACAGGCCUGCCUUACUUAAUCUCACUCAAGAUCAGGGUAAUUACAUCUUUGAGUUUGAAAAUUUCUCAGACAGGGAACUUUGUCGAGACUUUGUAGCUAAAGCUAUUACAUUUUAUGGGGAAGGUGGCUCUGAAAAAGCUGUUCCACUUCCACACAAAGAUGAACAACUUAGCUCAGCAGAAAUGGAACGUAGGAUUAAGCUGCUGCAAGAGGACAGUGAGCUGCAGAAGCUUCAUAAGCAGUUUGUGAUAAGAGGUGUGUUGUCAGAGACUGAAUUUUGGGCUACAAGAAAGAAGUUGCUAGAUGUGAAUAAUACAAGUAGCAGUAGAAAAGCAAAACAAAGAGUGGGGUUGAAAAGUGACAUGAUUUUCAAUGUCAAACCUUCAUCUGAUGGUCAGUCGAACAAAGUUACAUUUAACUUGACACCAGAGAUGAUUCACCAGAUUUUUGCUGAAAAACCAGCAGUGAGGCAGGCAUAUCUAAAUUUUGUACCCAACAAGAUGACAGAGAAAGAUUUUUGGACAAAAUACUGGAGAGCACAAUACCUUCACAGCACCAGAAAUAUUGUUGCUGCUGCUGCAGAGGCUGCAGAAGAUGAGGAGCUUGCAGUUUUCUUAAGGCAAGAUGCUAUUCUGGCUAGUGAAAUUAAGCACAAGAUUAGGAAGGUAGAUCCAACUCUGGACAUGGAGGCCGAUGAAGGAGAUGAUUACACACAUAUUCCAGGUCAUGGGCUAGCUACUGAAAGUGGGAAGGAUGAGCUGGAAGCACAAUAUGAGCCAUUCAAAAGAUCUUUCCUACAAGACAUCAACAGACAUGCUGCAGUUGUUCUUGAAGGAAGAACUGUAGAUUUUGAGACUGAAGGGGAUACAAGAUCUGUAGCUCAAGCUCUUGCUACUUGUAAACGUGUUGAGUUAGCUAAAGAAGCCUCUUCUGAUGGGAAUUUGGUGCAUCAAGAACGGUUGGAUCGGAUAACACGGAUGGCUGAGAUUGAGGAUCUACAAGCACCACGUGAUCCUCCUGUUGCACCACUAUCUAUAAAGGAUCCUCGGGAUUACUUUGAUUCUCAACAACAAGUUGUGGGAGUGGGAAUGGGAAUGGGUGAUGAGUUAGGUGGGGGAGGAAGACAGUUUAAAUCAAGGAUGAAGACCUCUGAGACGUAUGCUUCUUUGAGGGGUUUUAUAUCUGAAAUCAGAAGCCUAGGUUUGACUGAUCCUGUUGUUAGACCUGAAGCUGCUGUGAAGGUGUUGAAUGGGUUGACCCAGACUAUAUCAAGCUCCAAAUAUCAACGUGGGUUUGGUAAAAACCCACAUGACAGCAUAUUGGAUACCUUGCCAACUGUCACAAAAGAUGAGCUUUUGCUUCAUUGGACGUCUAUUCAGGAAUUGUUAAAGCAUUUCUGGUCCUCAUAUCCAAUCACAACUUCAUAUCUUUAUACAAAGGUGAGCCGGCUCAAGGAUGCCAUGUCACAAAUCUACCCAAAGUUACAGGAGAUUAAAGAAUCCGUGCAGUCAGAUUCAAGGCAUCAAGUUUCCCUCCUUGUUCAACCAAUGUUACAGGCUUUAGAUGCUGCUUUUGCACACUAUGAUGCAGUAGAUCAACGCAAGAGAUCUUCUGCAAAUGGUUACAAUGUCUAAUCAUCACUUAUUUUCUUACUUAUUCAUCAUCAUUGAUUUGCAUACUGUACAUUCAACAAAAUUUUCAUGUGAGACCCACCUUGCUUGCUUGCUUGUUUGGUCUUAAAAAAGACUUUUUUCCGAUAUAAUAUGAUGAAAUAUCACUUGUCAAAUGUCAAUCAGUUUUUUAAAGACAUCAAUCACCAAAUAAAUCAUCAAAACUAGAUUAGGGCAUGCAAGCUUUCUAGGUUGUCGUUUCUAUAUUUUCAUAAUGAUUUCAUCAACACUUUAGGGCAUCCUCAAAAUAUGGUUUCACAUGCCACUAUCUAAUUACAACCAAACUUUGCUCGAUGGAUACAAAACAUCCACAUUUUAGCAACUAAUCUUAGGUGCUGUUUGUUUUUCCGAAGUGAAACUGUCUC